AUGCCCAUCCGUAUACGUCUUCGUGCACCCAAUGGCCAGCAUACACUGUCCCUCGAUGACAACGCCGCAGUAUCCGACCUGCUGUCCUCUAUCAGCAAUGCCACAGAGCUUCCCCUAUUCGAGCUCAAAUGGAACUUCCCACCACAGCCACUUGACCCCGCAUUAUAUGGUUUAUCAACGCCACUCAGAGACACCGAUCUCAAGUUGAAUGGCGCACAAAUCAUAGUCAUCGGUCAGGCGACAGGCGACCCAAGCGAACAGAAGAAGGAAGAGGAAGCCAAGACAGAUUCUGAGCUACUUUCGCUGAAGCGGAAGCAGGUAGCAGCGCUGAAAGACACACCCGAAGUACCGCUCCCUUCUCGUGGCGGUACCAUUGUGAUGCGCGUUAUGCCCGACGAUAAUUCCUGCAUGUUUCGAGCUCUUGGUACGGCAGUGUUGACUGGUGAGCUUGACUCCAUGGAUGAGUUGCGUUCACUGGUCGCGCAAGGCAUACAGAGCAACCCAGAGCUAUAUAACGAGGCCACGCUCGAAAAGUCACCCGACGAGUACUGCAAGUGGAUAAUGAACCCCAACUCAUGGGGUGGUGGUAUCGAGCUUAGCAUCCUAUCACAGCAUUUCGACAUUGAGAUUGCCAGUAUCAAUGUCCAGGAUUUGCGGGUCGACCGAUUCAAUGAAGGCCAGACAAGACGGGUCAUCCUCGUCUACUCGGGUAUACAUUACGACACCAUCGCCUUUGUCCCACAGGGCGUCUCGCCUCUGGACACGGAGAAUGACGUGAAGCUCUUCGACGCUUCCGAUAACGUCAUACUCGAGGCCGCGCGGCAACUUUGUGGGGAGCUCAAAAAACAACACUACUUCACCGACACCCAAAAGUUCUCCAUUCAGUGCAACACGUGUGGCUGGAAGGGUGCAGGUGAACAGGCAGCAACACUGCACCACAAUGAAUCUGGGCACGUCGACUUUGCUGAAUCAACAUAG